AUGACUUUGAGUCGACUUAAAUUCCAGGGCCAACCAUCGAAGAGGUCAUUCCGACUUCUUCCCGGAAAAGGCAAAAUGAAGAACACUCCCCGCAAAUGUGUUGUUAUCCUCAGCCGGAAAAGGGCUGCUUCAUCACCUACCUCACAUGUGGCUCCUAAAAAGCUACGCAUGAUUCCACGAUGGAUGACACAAAUCAGAGAGUGGAACGAGGAGCUGGUGAUAGGUUCCAUAUUUGAGGUUAGCGAGUCUUCUCGGGCUCCACCACCUGUUCUUAAUCUAAAAACACUCAUCAAUGCAGCUAUACCAGUGUUACUAUCACGAUCCACUCGUCACACAGAAUAG